UACAAGAACUACACCUGGCGGUUGUUAUUGUUUUAUUCCUUCCUUCCAUCCUUAUUUAUUUUGACAUCGGAGACAAAGAAACCGGAUUGACAGACCAAUGGAUUAUACCAGCUGGACACUAGGAUGACCAUUUCAGACGGAGCUUCUUAAUACUUCCUUGUGCUUUGAUUUCUUUCAGCUACUUAGUUAACAGUUAUACUAGAAGUUAACAAUUUUGUUGUGAACGUGUGCAUCCUUAGUGGUUUGCUAUUUCUACAAUUGACUUUGAUAGCUCUAUUCGGAGAUUUUAAAAGAAAAUGUGAUUGUACAGUUGUAGUUCUGUCAAUGCAGAGACAUUACACAUUUAUAUCUAGUUAUUUCUUUGAGACUUGGUCUUAUUUAUGACCUUAUUAUAUGUUUUGUACUCAAGGAAGGAUUAGAUUAAGGGAGAAUAACGCCUGGUACAGCAGAUGUGACGCGACAUUCUGACAUGUAUUGGAUGAUUCCUACGUAAAAAGCUCUGGUUUCGAGAGUACAGACUAAAUCAAUGACGUCAUGUCUCAGCCAGACUAAGUAACUAUAAUGCCUUUCAAAAUUGUUUCUUGGCUAUUGGCUUGCGCUGUCUCCAGUGACACAUUUAUCGUGUCCUUUCUGGCAGUUUUGCUGUGGGCUUCUGGCGCUGAAUGCUUGGACAUCAGAGAAGUGGACGGCAAGAGUUUGUUCCAGUCUCUCCUGGCAUCGCGAUGCAGUGUCACCUGCCCGACCUACAGAGGGCGGCCCGUCUGCGGGACAGAUGAUGUCACCUACAUGUCCAAAUGCGAGCUGCGACGAGCUGUCAAGUGUGAUAGCAAGAAUGUCCAAGUCAAACACAAAGGAAGCUGUCCCGGAGAUGCCGGGACACACAGUAAGUGCUUCAAAGAGAGAAAUGAGGCGACUGAGGCGUCCAAAAAGAACCUCAACUCAGACGUCUUGAUCCCCACGUGUAAUCCUGAUGGCAGCUAUUUCCAGAUCCAGUGCCACACGUCCAGCGGCUACUGCUGGUGUGUGACCAAAGAUGGACGCCACAUUGUGGGAACAUCGUCAAAAGCGGCGCGGCCCAUUUGUAAUGCUCAUAGAAAGAAAAGAAAAGGUCGAGGGGGCACUACUCGAAAACCUAAAGAAGAAUGCUCCACAAAAGAUCGUCAAACAUUCAACACGGCCCUCAUCAAAGUGUUUAAAGAAGAAUACGACCGAGCCAACAGUGCCAACACAACAGGUGGCCACGAAGACGAUGAGUUCGGCACGGAGAAAGCCAUCGUCCUCUGGAAGUUCAACGAACUGGACAAAAACAAAGACGGAAAGCUCAAGUUCAAAGAAAUCCGCCACUUCAAGAAGAUGGUCAAGAAGCUGAUCAAACCCAAGCCAUGUGCUCAAGAAUUUCUUAAUUUCUGUGAUAAAAAACCGGAUCGGACCAUCGAGAAAGCGGAUUGGACGCUGUGUCUCGGCGUAGACAUAAAACUGUCGUUUCAUAUCUUCCUGUCUUUAAACUCAGCUAGCGAAGCCAGUAGCUCUGUCCGACCUGCUGAACUACCCAGGAACGAGACGCUAACAAGACCACAGGUACCACUAAUUCCAGCUCCUAAUUUUCCCGUCCUUAAUGGUGGUCCUCUGGUCAGCAGCUCGUCCAAUAGACAAGAAAAGCCGGAACGAAAAGAAUCUACAAGUCAAAGUUGUAUGAAGGAGAGAGAAGAUGCUAUCAAAGAUAACUCACAACAGCCCAAUGCCAAAUACUUUAUCCCAGCAUGCACAUCUGAUGGAUUGUGGGAAAAAGCCCAGUGCCAUGAGCACAAUGGUUACUGCUGGUGUGUAAAGCAAUCCAAUGGUGUUCCUAUUCCAGGAACUGCCACUUUUAAUGUGACGCCAAACUGUGAUUUUGAUGGAGACAGAGAAUUAAAAGGCUGUCCAUUUGAGCAGAAGAGGAAAUUUUUGAUGGACCUGCUUUCAGACUUAACAGAAGAAAGAAAAAAGGCUUUGUCUGAAGCUGUUGCCACAUCAAACCCUUUGCCAGCAGAAAAUUUAGCUUUACUAGAAACAGUUGCCAGGUGGAAGUUGAAAAAUUUAGAUAAAAAUAACAAUGAAAUUUUAGAGAAAAGAGAGUGGCGCCCUUUUAGAAAGACAACUCUGAAAAGUAAGAGUUAUCCAAGGAAGUGCAGGCGUUCAUUUCUACGAUAUUGUGAUGCUGAUAACAAUAAAAAAAUAACUUUCGAAGAGUGGAAGGAUUGUCUUGGAUUAAAUCAAAUUCCAUUGAACAGUCUCCCUAUAAAUCCAAAAAGAAAAGGAAAAAAUCCAUUCAGCCUAAUUGAUUACUUGAAAGAGGAUGAAUGAACAUUUUUUUCAUCCAUUAACAAGAGAAUUAAAAACUUAUGACUUCAAGUGCAAGACUGUCAACUUAAGUAUUUGAAAACCUUAUAUGAACUGUGAACAGUUUAACAAAAUAAACUAUUGUUGUGAAAAUAAUAAGGAUUAACUACAACUAUCUGCAUCAACGACCUUGUUUUUUAUAAUUUACAACUUUUAUAAUGUUAACUGGUUGGCUUCUUAUUUACAAAAAAAAAAAAAUACAUUAUGCCCCCUCACAAUGGUUGUUAGUUUCCAUUUGGGUGAAAUAAAAGUGUUUAAUUUUUGCUUUGACUUAAAAUGGAUUUAUAACAGUUAUCACCAUGCUAUUUUGAUGAUUCUAGUUAAAAAUUUCUUAAAUUUUUUUUUGUUAAUUUCGUUCAAAUAGCAUUCUUUACCAAUGAAAAAAAUGUUUUAAGAAUUAAUUACUAUGCAUUAUGGCAUAAGUAUGUAACGACACUAGAUGUUUUGUAGUAGGUACAGUCAGUAUUUUAGGCAUUCACACUAUAUGAAAAUACAAUUUUUAAUAUGGCUGUGUAUUACUUGUGUAACUUUGGAGUGUAGCUUGUACAUUUAAUACAUGUAUUACCUACUACUUCCGCAUCCACAUAUUCCAUAUUAAAUUUGUGAAAAAUGAAAAAAAAAUGGUUUAAAUGCUUCUUUGAAUAAAGCAAAGUUGUACAAGAGCUUUUAAGAUAAAUUAAAUUAAUUCAAUUAAUAGAUCAAAUUACACUACACUAUUUUAUUAACUACACACAAAAGAAGGUUUCUGAAAUAAUUUUGUUCUACUCCACAUUGUGAUCAACUCCCUUUAUCUUUGUUUAUAUCUAUGUUGCUUUUUUUUUUCUUUUUUAAACUAUUUUUUUUUCCAAAGGUUUUUGAUUUAAGAUUUAUAGUUAGUGUGCAGUGUUUACAAAUAAGCAUUGCAUUUUUAACUAUAUUUGCAUAUGUCUAGUCAAGUUUAUAAGCCUUUUCUCAGUUUAAUUUGUUCCAUCAGUAUUUCAGAAUUAUUUUUAUUAUCAAGAUAUUUAAAUUCUUGUAAAAAAAUACUAAAAAAAUUAUUAUAAAAAGAAUUCUUUAAAAAAAAAAGUUCCCCUUUCAGACCUUGUGGUCUAUAGGGCAGAUGAUGUAAAGGUCAUCUGUUUCUGUGGCCUACGGUUUACGAGAGUGUCAAUGUGGCCAGCACAACAUCCAACCACCUUUACUUUUCCCCAACUAAUGUCAUGGACCCAUUAGAGCUGGGUGGACUCAGAGGCAUCCAAAGAUCCCAAAAUUAAAAAUACCAGUCUUCACCAGGAUUUGAACCCCGGGACCCCCAGUUCAGAAGCCAAGCGCUUUACCACUCAGCCACCUAGAAUUCUUAGAUUUUAAUAAUUCCAUUCAGGAAUGGAAGUUUAUUCCCACAGAGGCUAAGUAAAAGAAAGCAUUGAGGACUAGCCACAUGCUUAGUUAGGUUAAGAAAUCAUUGAGGACUAGCCACAUGCUUAGUUAGGUAAAGAAAUCAUAUGAACAAAGAGCAGUAUUUAAGAAAACAUAAAAUACACUUGUGUUGCUAUUCCUUUAGAUCGAGAAAUACAAUUUUUUAUAAGACCUAAAAUUCUUAUUAUAAUCCAUGUAGCAAAAACUUUUUGGUUUCUUUUAUGAAAAAAAAAAUUGCUAUAUAUGUUCUAAAUAGGGUGAUGAUGUUUUCUUGUUUCAGUUGAAUGUUUGUAAAUGCUGUGAUAUUAACUCUAAAAAAAAAAUAAAUUUAAAGUUUAUAAAAAAUGCGUUAGUAAAAAAAAUAAAAAUGAGCAACUCAAUCAUAACAAAAUGUCAAAUGUAGAAAGAACAAAAAUUCUUAGAAAAUAUUUUAGACAAAUUACUUAAAUUUGUGAAAUCCUUUUUUUAAUAAUACAAAAUUAUUCUAACUUAAUUAAUUUUUCAAAAGUCUUCCUGUUUGAUGCAACAUUUGUAAAUAAUGAGCUAAUAGAAAUUAAUUGCAUACUUUUUGAGUUGCUGGUAAAUUGAUCUCUAUAUUUUAUAUUUUAGGAAUAGAUUAAUAUUAAUUGUAAAUAUUUUCUUAUUAUGCUUUGAAAUACUUUAUUUAUGUUGCUUGUGUUGACAGUGUCCAGAUUUCGGAAGGCCAUUUUUUUUUACUUUAUUCUAUCGCCAUUUUCUUCUUGGCAUUUGUAUUCUCUGCCAAAUAUUUGAAAACGUUUUUUUUUUUUUUCACUUUUCAUUUUUUCCCAAGUCAUAUUUCUAAGUGUCUCUUUGUGUAGUUUCCCUUUUAUUUAUCUUCUGCAGUUUGUCAGUUGACUGCAACUUUUAAAUCUAAUAGAAUUAAUGAAAAUGAAACUGCUAAUUAAAAAGAAAAAUAAAUUGGCAAAAAAAAAAUUUAACUUUUUUUUUUACCACUCUCA